CACCGGAAGAGGAGCUCCAGGAUAAGAUGGCAGACACAGUGAACGUCGGCGUGAAUCUGGACGCGUUUAAUCACGCGAUCAGCGGUGUGCACGCGCUCCGGUCCAGUGUCACGCGCGUGUUCGAGUGUCUCCGGGACGGACUCAAGCAUCGGGACUCGAUCGAGACUCGAGAGAAGCAGUUUGUACAGGAGUUUCAAGAGCAUCUCCAGGCUGUGAACAGGGAUCUAAAUGAGUUGGAGCGCCUCAGCGGAUUGGUCGGUCGGCCAUCAGAGUCCCAUCCCCUCCACAACAGCGGUCUCCUAAGUCUAGACCCAGUCCAAGACAAGACCCCCCUGUACUCACAGCUCCUGCAGGCCUACAAGUGGUCCAACAAGCUCCAGUUCCACGCAGGUCUGGCCUCCAGUUUGUUGAACCAGCAGUCACUCAAACGCUCGGCCAAUCAGAUGGGAGCAUCAGCCAAGAGGCGACCCAAAGUCCAGCCCUCCACAUUAGUGCUACCCCCACAAUAUGUGGACGAUGUGAUCUCCAGAAUCGGGCGCAUGUUUCCGGAUUUGUCCAUAGAACUGUUCCGACCCAACGGCACAUCUGCAGUUCUGCUGGUGAGUCUGGGGAAGGUGCUGAAAGCCGUGGUGGUGAUGAGGUCACUGUUCAUUGACAGAACCAUCGUCAGGGGCUUCAACGAAAACCACUACAGCGCUGACGGAAAGCUCGACCUUUGGACCAAAUCCCAGUACCAGGUCUUCCAGAAGGUGACGGACCAUGCAACCACAGCUCUGCUCCACUAUCAGCUGCCUCAGAUGCCCGACGUCGUGGUCCGCUCGUUUAUGACGUGGUUGCGCAGUUACAUAAAGCUCUUCCAGUCACCGUGCCAACGUUGCGGACGCUUCCUUCAGGACGGUCUGCCCCCGACGUGGAGAGACUUCAGGACCCUCGAGGCCUUCCACGACACCUGCCGCAUGUAGCCCCGCCCCCUUCACCUGCCGCAUCCCCUUAGAAAGGGGUGUCCAUGCUGUGGCCCUCAGAUCAUACAGUACUUUUUACUACAAAUUAAGGAUGGGUAUCGAUGGCGGAGUUCUGAGGCGGCGGAGUUCUGAGGCGGCGGAGUUCUGAGGCGGCGGAGUUCUGAGGCGGCGGAGUUCUGAGGCGGCGGAGUUCUGAGGCGGAGGGCUCAGCGGCGGAGUUCUGAGGUGGAGUUCUGAAGCAGAGGGCUCGGCAGGACAGUUCUCAGGCAGUUCUGCUCUCUGUGAUUGAAAAGACUCUUAUUUUCUGCUUCAUGAGUUUGUAAAUUAAUGUGAAUAAACGUUUUGUACUGCUUCUGU